CAACACCUGCCUCCGAAUUACCUUACUUCUCCCUCGCGUCUACAUCUACCAUCCACAUCCCCUCAUCGAUAGUCGUUUCAUUCUCCACACUCCAACCUCGUCUUACCGUUCCUCGUAAACGAUCACUAUCUGGUAUCCUACUCCCAAGCAUCUACCAUCUACGCAAUCAUCAUCACAAUGAAGUACGCACUUUCUCUCAUCGCCGGCAGUGCCGUCCUCGCUGCCGCCCAGGAGGGUCUCAGCGCUUGCGCUCAAAACUGCUUCACCAACAUGGUCACCAUCGCUCAGACUCAGUUCGGCUGUGCCACUGGCGACGUCUCGUGCUACUGCAACCACGCCAACUUCGGCUACGGUGUCCGUGACUGCGCCAACGAGGCUUGCGGUGCCGCUGAUGCCGCUCAGGCCAUUGGCUUUGCCAACAGCUUCUGUUCCGCUGCCGUUUCUCCUAGCACCGCUUCUGUCGCCUCCAUCCUGAGCACCAUCUCCGGCUCAGGUUCUGGUUACGCAUCAGCUACCUCUGCCGGCGCUGCUGCUGCUAGCUCUGCCGUAGGCGGUGCCGGUGCCGCCUCCUCUGGCGCCCAACAGUCGUCAGGCAGCACCUCGUCUGCCGUCACCACCUCUGCUUUGGUUGGCACCAUCACCUCGGGCGGUAGCACCAUCCCUACCACCACUGGCUUCUCUACGAUCUACUCCGUCGUUCCUAUCGUCGGUGGUAUCGUUGGUGGUGCCUCCAGCGCUGGCUCGUCUGCCGCUUCAGCUGUUUCUUCCGGUGCCUCAUCCGCUGGCUCAGCCGCCUCUUCUGGUGCCUCGUCUGCCGCAGCCGCCGCCUCUUCUGGUGCUUCAUCCGCCGCCUCGGCCGCCUCUUCCGGUGUUUCCAGCGCUGCAUCUGCUGCCAGCUCCGCCGUUUCUAGCGCCUCUGCUGCUGCUUCCUCGAUCGUUUCCAGCGCUUCUGGUGCUGCUUCUUCGGGUGCCUCUUCCGCUGGUGCCGCUGCUUCGUCGGGUGCCUCUUCCGCUUCUUCGCGUGCUUCCUCUGCCGGAUCUGCCGCUUCUUCGGGCGCUUCCUCUGCUGGAGCCGCUGCCAGCUCUGGUGCCUCUUCCGUCACCUCUCGCGCCUCAAGCGCUGCUUCCAGCGGUGCCUCUGCUGCCAGCUCUGGUGCUUCUUCGGUCACUUCCCGCGCCUCGUCUGCCGCCGGAGCUGCUUCCAGCGCUGCCUCGUCCGUCGUUGCCACCGCCGGCGCCGCUCCCAUGAUGACUGCUGCCCCCAUGUUCGGUGCCGCCGCCCUUGCCGCUUUCAUCCUGGUUUAAGCAAAAAACAACAGCAGGUGCUCUCACUCAAAGUCUCCCAGCACUGCUACGAGUUACGAAGAUUUGCUUUACCAGCGUCGAAUGUCUUUAAGUUAAUAUCGGCCUGGGUCAUCGAUGUCAAUGAGCAUGGAAAGCGACAUUGGCUACGGCGUAGGGAAACGAAGAAAGCUCUUCUUCUAGUUGGAACAGCUUCAAAAACCUAAUGUGUACUCCUUGAAAUGAAUAUACCCUC